AUGGCAAGAGAUCCGCUUCGCGUAGCAGAGAGAGGUCGAGCCGCAAAUCGUCCAAGUGAGAAACGUCGCAGAGAAGAAUCACCAGGGGAUACUAGUAGGACUGACAAGAAAAGAAAACCAAAUAACACAGAUAGUGGCAACAACAAUACGUCUAAGAUGAAUACAGACGUGAAUCCAACUACCGCAUUUACAGAAACUAAUCAAACAUCAAAGAACAACGACGGCAGCACAGCUGCAAACAGCAUCUUCAAAAACCGACAAGAUGAAUAG